UGAAGCGCUCACCAAAACAGUUCGAUUUCAAAUUUCAAACGGCAGGAGACGAAGGAGUGUACACAUACAGAGCUAGGACUCAACUUCACUAAGAACAUGUCCCGUUUGCCAGUCAUGCCCAGCAAGAGGGUCCUCACAAGCCGCAGCAGCUUGGAGAACGGUCAGGACCUCCAGCCUGCUCAGAAGAGGCUUCGUAAGGACCCAGAGCAUGUUAAACCACAGGCGGCAGCUACAAUCAUUGGUGCAAAGCGGCCUCUUGUUGCAGCAUCCCGGGCACCUCUUUCUAAGCCGGUCCGAGGUUCAGGAGCUGCGACUGUGGCUGUUGGUCCUUCCAGAGGUGUCCUGAAGCCGUCUAUGGCUUCAACUGCAGCGAGGGGAGGCAACAUGAAACAAACUGUUGCAUCUACAGGUGCAAAAGCAGGUGGGGGCACCCGUCGGGCUCCAUGGGACCUGAAGGGAAAGGUCAGCGACAUGGAGGGUAAGAUCCAGAACUACCAGAGCAAGGUCAAAACUGUCAACCAGGAGAACGAGGCUCUGAAAGGCUCGAUGGCCCAGACCCGCUCAAGAAUUAUGGAAAUGGAGAGAGAGCUGGAGAGGCAGAAGAGCCAGAUCAGUGAAUAUGAGGAAGAGCUGCAGGCACUCUCGGGAGUCCAAGAUGAGUUGGAGAAAGUAUCCAGUGAUAAGAGCCAUCUUCAAAAAGAGCUCUCCAACUUAGAAGGAAAAUACAAGGUCAUGGAGACUCUCAGAGACAGCCAAGAGACGGAGCUGCAAACUCUCAAGAUGAAGUUUUCAGUACAGGAGUCGACUCUGGCCCGCGUGCAAACAACUCUCAGAGACACUGAAGAAGACGUUCGCUCUCUGAAAGAGACUGUGGCCGAACAGAAGGAUGAGCUUCAUGCCGGCGAGAUGGAGCGACGGCAGCUCCACAAUACGAUCCAGGAGCUGAAGGGCAAUAUCAGAGUAUUUUGCAGAGUGCGCCCACUGGUGGGUGGAGGCCUCAGCAAGCACAUCCAGCUCCUUGCCAGUGAAAACACAUCAAUAACACUGGCCAAAACAGAGGAGUCUCACACCGGCAGAUCUGCAGACACUCAAAAGAAUUACAACUUCAAUUUUGACCGUGUUUUCAACCCGAAGGCUUCACAGAAGGAGGUGUUUGAAGAGAUUUCCCUCCUGGUGCAGUCAGCACUGGAUGGCUACAACGUCUGCUGCUUCGCCUAUGGCCAGACAGGAAGUGGAAAGACCUACACCAUGGAGGGAGACGAGUUUGAUGACACCAGAGGUGUCAUUCCCAGAGCUGUGCAGCAAAUCUUUAAAGCAGCAGAGAAGCUGGAAGCACAAGGCUGGGAGUUCACCUUCACGGCCAGCUUUGUUGAGAUUUACAACGAGACCCUGCGAGACCUCCUUUACACCGGAAAGGCCAGCAAGAGGCCAGAGCAUGAGAUCCGCAAGUCAAGCAACAAUGAGGUUUCAAUCACCAACCUCACCUAUGAAAAGGUGUUCAACGAGGAUCAGGUUCUGGGCUUGAUUGCAUUGGCCAAUCAGAAUCGCUCCACUGCCCAGACAGCCCAGAAUGACCGCUCCUCUCGCUCCCACUCAGUCUUCCAGCUGCAAAUUGAGGGAGUGAAUGCUGGCCGGGAUGUCAAAUGCAAAUCUACUCUGUGCCUGGUGGACCUGGCUGGCAGUGAGCGAAUGGCGAAGAGUCAGUGUCAGGGGGAGCGCUUUAAAGAAAUGACUGCUAUCAACAGCUCCCUGUCCAACCUGGGCAUCGUUAUUGCCGCGCUGGCCAACAAGGAGAGCUACAUCCCCUACAGGAACUCUAAGCUCACUUACCUUCUGCAAGGAUGUCUGGGAGGCAACAGCAAAACCCUGAUGUUUGUGAACAUUGCUCCAGAGCCAGACAGCUUUGAGGAGACCCUCAACUCUUUGAGGUUUGCCAGCAAGGUGAAUGACUGUGUUAUUGGAACUGCAAGCGCCAACAGGAAGUAGAGUCACAUCCAGACUCUAGAGCACUGUGGAAAGUGUUUUUUUUUUUUUCUUUUUCUUUUUAAAAUAAGCAGUAAUUACCUAUUUUAAGUAUAUGUGUGCACAAUAACAUGUAAUAUAUAAAAUAUAAAUCAUUAUGUUUUGGGGAAAAUUA